AUGGAAUAUAGAUUAAUUGAUUCAAGUGAUUUUAAUUAUGAUAUAUGCAGUUUAAUAUCAAAUAAACAAAUUAUCAGUAAUUUAAAAGAAAGAAAUGAAAUAAUUAAUAUCAUUUCAAAAAUAUCAAAUAAAUUGUAUAUACUGUGCAUAAACGAUCUACUAAGAUAUUGUGAAGAUGCAUUAAUAAAUUUUGAAGCUUUUUCUAAAGAAUUAACAAAAAAAGAUAAAGAAGAAAUGACUAUUUGGGCGUGGCAAUCAAAAACUUGGGACCCAGAAAAUCCUAAAGAAUAUAAUUACUAUAUUAGUAAAAAAAUAGAACUAGCAUUUUUAAAGAAAUACCAAUAUUUUAAAAUUAGUGAUAUUCAUUUUGUAGAUUUUGUCACACUUUUUCAAAGAAGAAUAGAAAAUAUAGACCUAAAAAGAAAAGUUACUAGAAUUACAUUAGAGGAAAGAAAAACAAAAGAAAAAUCAAAUAAUGAAAAUAAGAAUCUUAAUACUAAAAAAAAUAUUAAAAAAAAUAUUAAAACAAAUAAUAAUAUAGAAAAUACAGAUAAUAAUUUAGAUAUAAAUAAUAUUAUUGACAAUAUAGACUAUAUAGACAAUAAAAUAAAUGAUGAUGGUGAUGAUGGGGAUAAAAGUGAAUACUAUACAAAAUGGUAUUGGAGCAAAUCAAUUUUAGCCAAAAGGAAAAACAGUACCGAGUUUUCAAAAUCGAAUUGCAAAAAACUAGAGAAUGCAUUCUUAUUCGGCUUAUCUUGUGUUAAAAUUGGUAACAAUGUAAUUUAUUUCAAAAAUAUGUGCUUAAAAAAAGAAAAUGAAAAGUUUUCAUCAUUCUAUAUACUAAGAAAACCAAAAUUUGAACCACUAACAAUUUACAACUCAUUAAAAAAGGAAGAAUAUGAAAUAUUAAAAUCAAAAAUUGAACUAUUUUUAAUAAUCCAACAACAAUUAAAAGUAGAAAAAGAAAAAGAAGAAAAAGAAGAAAAAGAAGAAAUAGAAGGAGAAUCAUCAACUAAAAUAUCGAUUUCCCCAUGCUUAAAAACAACUUUAGAAAAUUUUAUCGAAUCUAUUAUAAAUAACAAUAAGAAACAUGUAGCAGAAAAAAACUUUUUAUAA